AUGAAAUUCGGCCAGAACCUGUGGCGGAUGCUUCCUAGCGGUGUGCCGCAGCUUCGGGAGCAGCUGGCCCGUCGUCCCUGGCGACUAGAGGUAGAACAUCGGCAGGCGUUGGAAGUUCGGCUUGGCAUGUCCACUGCUCAGCUGUUGCCGUUUCUCUCCUCCCGACUUGGGGAUGGUGAUGUUGCUGUGGGGCUUGCCAAGAGCGGCCGCACCUUCUUAGGCCCUGCCCUUGAGCUGGGUGAUCGGAAACUAGAGGCCACACAGACUUUGGUGGCACAGAUGUUUGUUGCUGGCGAGGUGCUUGAGGCCUUCAGUUGCAGCACCCCGCCCGUCGGGGCGUCUCGACAGCUCCUGCGGCAACUCUGGAACUUCCAGGAGCUUCGCUGGUUCGGAGGAAAUGCGCAUUCCUUCGAUGGCCUUUUGCGCCCAGAUGACCAGCUGUUGGUGGAUGUGAUCGGUGCAGGUCAGGGCUGA